AUGGCGCUACUCUCCUCCGCCUUAUUGGCACUUUCGCUUGUUGCCCGUAUACAAGCAUGGCCUCAGCUACCGACCGACGACGGCGACAUUGGUUUUCUCACGACCCUUCCUGUUAUUCCUUACACCACCCAACACCAGACCCAAGCCGAUGCCAAUGUUGCCCCGCGAGGCCUUUCCCUUCCAGCCGAUGAGGAUUCCGAAACGAUGGUCAUGACCCUGCCCGUGACGUCAAGAUUGAGGAGGAGACGUGUCAACCAACGCCGCCCACGGAAGGUUUUGCUCGACAACCUCCUCGGUGAGGAUCUGGAUCUGGAUGUCUUGCCUGUCGCCCCAAAACCCAAGCCUCCGGUUGCGGGUCGAGGUCUGCCCGUUGACGACCGAGUGGAGAUUACGACCUCCUUCGUUACAUUGCCCGUCAUCCACUCCACCAAGCGUGGUGUCUUUAGUCGACAAGUCGAAGCGAAGCUUGCCAACCGUUCUGAUGUGGCCUAUUAUGCACAACUUAACAUCGGCACACCGCCGCAGGCCGUCUAUGCUCAGCUCGACACCGGCUCCUUCGAGCUCUGGGUUAACCCGGACUGUUCUCUCCUCAGCACAUCCGACCAACGCUUCUGUGAAGCCGUUGGUUUCUACGACACCGCUCGAUCUUCUACCGCCGUAGCCCUCCGAACGACGAAAACGCUCCGCUAUGGCAUUGGUGCUGCCAACAUCACCUACGUUCGCGACAAUCUCGCUCUUGCCGGUUCCCAGUCCACGAUGCAGCAAGUUCAGUUCGGCGUCGCCCUUAGCUCUGAGGACCAAUUCGCCGGCAUUCUUGGCAUCGGUGCCGGGGAGGGGGUCAACACGCGCUACAAGAACCUUAUCGACGAACUCGCGUCCCAGGGAGUAACGAAAACCAAGGCUUUCAGUUUGGCUCUAGGAUCGAAGGACGACCAGGAAGGAGCCAUCAUAUUCGGCGGAAUCGACACCUCAAAAUUCUCUGGUCCCCUUGCUCGCCUGCCCAUCAUUCCCGCGGACCAGUCCCCUGACGGCGUUGCGCGGUACUGGGUCAACAUGAAUCAACUCAGCAUCACACCGCCGAGCGGACGCACACGAUACUACCCGAAUAGCAACAUGCCAGUUUUUCUUGACAGCGGUGCCACUCUUACCUUGUUGCCGGCCGAUCUUGCCAACAUGAUUGCUACCGACUUUGGGUCACCUGGGCUCGACGCCAACGGUUUUUAUCCCAUCUCCUGUACACUGGUUAACCUCAACGGAACGAUGGAUUUCGACUUUGAUGGGAUGAAGAUUAAGGUGCCUUACAAGGAAAUGAUUCGCGAGGUGCGCACGACCCCACCGGCGUGCUACCUGGGCAUUGUUCCAAACUCGGACUUCACGCUGCUGGGCGAUACCUUCUUGCGCUCAGCUUACACCGUGUUUGACCUCGACUCCAACGUCGCUUACCUCGCCCAGUAUGUCAACUGUGGCACCCAGACUAUGCCAAUCAACCGGCCCGAGGACAUUCCCGCCAUGCAGGGCUUGUGCAAGGGUGCCCAAGGUUCCAUCACCGCGCCCCCGGCCAGCAACGGCACCAACACCCCAGUCCCUAGUCCCGGGUUCGGGACCGGUACCGGCACCGGCUCCGGAACAGCCCCGGGCUCAGGGUCGGGCUCAGGGUCUGGCUCAACCCUCCCGACUGGCCCCUCUCCGGGAAUGUCUGGCCUGCCGGCAUCAGACUCGAUGUCAUCAGCUUCGAUAUCGACGCCAAGUACCGUCGCAAUAUUAUCGUCUCUCAUUUUGGCAGCGAUUAUCAUGUAG